AUGGCCGACACCAUGUUGCUGUCGUCCGCCGUCCGUCUGCCCACCCCGCCGCCGGGCGCUUCCUAUUCCCCUGGGCCCUCUGGCGCAAAGAAGAGAUCGCCACCAUCUCGUUCUCCUUCUCCAAGACGUCGAAGACCUGCGCCUCGUGAGGAUGAGCCACGGCGUCGAAAUGGUGGCGCGGAACCGGCACGAGAAAUGGACGACCGGGAACGCGAACUGCUCGAAAGAUUCAAGCCAAAAGAAAGCCUUGAAACCAGACGAAAACCCAUGACGGCAGAGGAAAAGCAGGCCGUUGCAAAGGCGGAGUACGAGAAACUCCUCAAUAUGCGGUCUGGGGGCACGUACAUUCCUCCGGCGAAGUUGCGAGCGUUGCAGUCACAAAUCACCGAUAAAUCCAGCAAGGAGUAUCAGAGAAUGGCCUGGGAGGCUUUGAAGAAGUCUAUCAAUGGUUUGAUCAACAAAGUCAACGUCUCCAACAUCAAGUAUAUCGUGCCGGAGCUAUUUGGCGAGAAUUUGGUCCGUGGUAGAGGAUUGUUUUGCAGGAGCAUCAUGAAGGCGCAGGCUGCGUCCUUACCCUUUACUCCCAUCUAUGCCGCCAUGGCCGCUGUUGUGAACACCAAACUACCGCAGGUCGGAGAGCUGCUCUUGAACCGCCUGGUGGUCCAGUUUCGCAAAGCCUUCAAAAGAAACGACAAGGCCGUCUGUCUCUCUUCAACCACAUUCAUUGCGCAUCUCUGCAAUCAGCAGGUCGCCCAUGAAACUGUCGUGGCACAGAUCCUCCUGUUACUGCUGCACAAGCCAACCGAUGACUCUGUAGAGAUCGCGGUUGGUCUGACCAGGGAAGUCGGCCAACAUCUGGAAGAGAUGAGUCCACCGAUCGCAUUGGCGGUCUUCGAUCAAUUCCGCAGCAUCCUACAUGAAGCCGAUAUCGACAAACGAGUACAGUACAUGAUUGAAGUAUUGUUCCAAGUGAGAAAGGAUCGAUACAAAGACAAUCCUGCGAUCCGAGAGGAACUUGACCUAGUUGAAGAAGAAGACCAGAUUACGCACCAGGUUGAUCUUGAUGAUGAAAUCGAUGUUCAGGACUCCUUAAAUAUUUUCAAGUACGAUCCCGAGUGGGAGGAACAUGAAGAAGCAUAUCGAAAGCUGAAGGCCGAGAUCCUUGGGGAGGACAGCGAUGCGGAGGAAGACGACGAGAGUGGUUCCGAGGACACUUCAGACGACGAAGAAGCGGAACAAGAACGUGCCAUUGAAAUCAAGGAUCAGACGAACACGGACCUGGUCAACUUGCGAAGGACGAUUUACUUGACCAUCAUGUCAAGUCUCGACUUUGAAGAGGCGGCGCAUAAGCUGAUGAAAGUCCAACUUCCUGCUGGCCAGGAACCGGAACUGCCGUCGAUGAUCAUCGAAUGCUGCUCGCAGGAGAAGACAUAUUCCAAGUUCUUUGGUCUGCUGGGCGAGAGAUUUGCAAAGCUUAACCGGCUUUGGACGGAAUUGUUUGAGCAAGCGUUUGCGAAAUAUUACGACACGAUCCACCGCUACGAGACGAACCGGCUGCGAAACAUUGCUCGCUUUUUCGCACACCUCUUGAGUACCGAUGCCAUUGGAUGGCAUGUAUUUUCGGUCGUCCAUCUCAACGAAGAAGAGACGACUUCCAGCAGCCGUAUCUUCAUCAAAAUCCUUUUCCAAGAGCUGGCUGAGGCUAUGGGCAUGGCCAAGCUGCAGGAGAGAAUGAAGGACGACAUCCUGCGGCCCAGCUUCGCCGGCAUCUUCCCCACAGACACUCCUCGAAACACCCGCUUCUCCAUCAAUUACUUCACCAGUAUCGGUAUGGGCGCGCUCACCGAAGAGAUGCGCGAGCAUCUCAAGAAUCUCCCCAAACCUGCCCCACCGGCGCUUCCUGCACCGAAGGACGACCAGUCCGACUCGGAGAGCGUCAGCUCGUAUUCCAGCUACUCAAGCUACACCACAAGCAGGGGGCAGAUCUUCCAGCCCACGGGACGGGGCCAGAGGAAGAGGAAAGGCCAGGAGCUACAGCCGGUCCGUUUCGCGAUCACUAUCGCCGCCCCGCCGAGGCGCAACAAGACGGGGCAGAAGCUACUCCGCCUCGGUCUCACGGUCACGAUCGCCUUCGCCGCCUCGACGAUCCCGCAAGAGGUCGCCAUCUUACUCGGUCUCUCCAAGUCCCCCACCGAAGCGCAAUGGCGGCCCAGCUCGCGGCCGAGCAUGCACACGCUCCCGAUCAUACAGCUACUCAGACACUUCGCGCUCUCCGCCCCCGAAACGUCUUCCUGCGCGUCGCGAAGACCUUUCGAUUUCCCGCUCACCAUCACCACCAAGACGCCGAACAAGCCCACCUCCACCUACAAGACGGGCUGGAGUUUCUCUGUCGAGGUCAAGGUCUCCUCCUCCCCGUCGUGGCGGCCGGAAAGGUCCACCGGUUCGCAAUUUCAGCCGCUCUCCCUCGCGCUCGUUGUCUCCUCCGCCUCGUCGCCGCAGCGCUAA